AUCGUGUUCGGCAGUAAGGAGCCUGCAGAGGAACAUGGCGCUGCUCCGGGGGCUCCUGGUGCUCAGCUUGUCCUGCCUGCAUGGCCCUUGCUUCGCGUUCUCUCCCGUGAGCACCACGGAGCCCUCGAGCCAGCAGCUAAUCAGCGGGCAGACCCAGGAGAAGCUACCCCCGCUUGCCCUCCUCAAGUUGGGCAACCAGGAGCCUGACGGCCAGACUGCCUUAAAGAGGGCCCCAGGAGACUGCAAGGGGGCCCCAACCCCAGAGCAGAUCCGCAGGCUGGCCCAGGCCAUGAUGGCGUUCUCCACUGACCUGUUCUCCUUGGUGGCCCAAACAACCACCAGCCCCAACCUCAUCCUGUCGCCCCUGAGUGUGGCCCUGGCAUUGUCUCACCUGGCACUAGGUGCUCAGAACAAAACACUGCAGAGUUUGCAACAGGUGCUACAUGCAGACUCAGAGCCCUGCCUCCCCCAUCUGCUCAGCCACCUCUGCCAGAACCUGGGCCCUGGGGCAUUCCGAUUGGCUGCCAGAAUGUACCUGCAGAAAGGAUUUCCCGUCAAAGAGGAUUUCCUGGAACAAUCAGAACAGCUCUUUGGUGCAAAGCCCAUGAACCUGACGGGCAGGCAGGAGGAUGACUUGGCGAACAUCAACCAAUGGGUGAAGGAGGCCACAGAAGGGAAGAUUGAAGAUUUCCUCUCGGAGCUGCCAGAUAACACGGUGCUGCUUCUCCUCAAUGCCAUCCACUUCCAGGGUUUCUGGAAGAGCAAGUUUGACCCAAGCCUCACCCAGAGAGACUCCUUCCACCUGGACGAGCAGUUCACGGUGCCAGUGGACAUGAUGCAAGCCACGUACCCUCUGCGCUGGUUCUUGCUGCAGCAGCCUGAGAUCCAGGUGGCAUAUUUCCCCUUUAAGAACAACAUGAGCUUUGUGGUCAUUGUGCCCACCCACUUUGAGUGGAAUGUGUCCCAGGUACUGACCAACCUGAGCUGGGACACCCUGCACCAGCCCUUGCUGCGGGAGAAGCCCACCAAGGUCUGGCUGCCUAAGCUGCAUCUGAAACACCAGCUGGACCUGCUGGGCACCCUCAGCCAGCUGGGCUUGCAGGAGCUGUUCCAGGACCCAGACCUGCGCGGGAUCUCUGACCAGAAGCUGGUGGUGUCCAGCGUGCAGCAUCAGUCCACAUUGGAGCUCAGCGAGGCUGGUGUGGAGGCAGCUGCAGCAACCAGCAUAGCCAUGUCUCGCAUGUCCCUCUCCUCCUUCAGUGUGAACCGCCCAUUCCUCUUCUUGAUCCUCGAGGACACCACUGGCCUGCCUCUCUUUGUGGGCAGCGUGAGGAACCCCAACCCUAGUGCGCAGCGGGAGCUCAAGGAGCAGCAGGAUUCUCCUGACAACAGGGACUUCUCCCAGAACCAGAAAGCCUUCCCCCGUGGAGACAAGCUUUUUGGCCCUGACUUGAAACUUGAGCCCCCCUUGGAGGAGGAUUAUCCCCAGUUUAACAGCCCCAAGUGAGGGGCCAUGACCGCCAGCAUCCUGAGUCCUUGCCUGGACCAGCCUCUCAACUCAAGUGACUCUUUCCAACCUGCUUUGUGGGAUGGGGGACAGGGGCCUGGG